AUGCCAAAAAGGAAGACCGAUAAAUCAAAUGUGCUUGACAAGAAGAAGCACCUUGCUAGGUUGAAUGUCAGUGAGGGAGGAAAAGUUUUAUUAAAACGCGGCGAAGGGAAAAUGGAGAGACAGUUUAGAAUGAACUGUAUCGGUUGUGAGUUGUUUGUUAUUUAUCGCGCUGAAGAGAAUCUGGAAACAGCGUCCUUCGUCUACAUUGUUGAUGGAGCACUUAGUGCUGUUGCUGCAGAAACUAACCCACAGGAUGCACCUGUACCUCCCUGCAUUUCACAGCUCAACGGUGGACUUGUUCAGGUUGCAAUAGAAGUGGAAGACCGUGCACAACGUUCAGCAAUCACAAGGGUAAAUGCUGAUGAUGUUCGUGUUACAGUUGCUGCACCAGCAGCUCGUGGGGAAGCUAACAACGAGCUAUUGGAAUUCAUGGGAAGGGUGCUUGGUUUAAGGUUGAGCCAGAUGACUCUCCAAAGAGGUUGGAAUAGCAAAUCGAAACUCCUCGUGGUCGAGGAUUUAUCUGCUAGACAAGUGUAUGAGAAGCUUCUUGAGGCAGUUGUACCGUAA